AGGAAGCUGUCAUUCUUGUCAUUUUAAAUUAGCGCAUUCUUUUCUACUUUACGAACGUGAUUUAAACACAAACCAAGCAUUAAUUAAAACAAAAUAAUGUACCUAAAAAUAAAGUAGUGUUCAUCCAAGUUAAAUUAUAUGGUUCGUGACUGUGUUUAUCAUAUUUGUCAAAAAUGUUUAACUACAAAUACCUUAGUCGGGAGCAUCUCGAAGGAUUCGAUAACUACAAGUACAUGGCGAUCGACACAAGCCCUCUUAGUGUGUAUGUCAUGCACCCUUUCUGGGAUAGAGUUGUCAAGUUGUUUCCUCGCUGGGUGGCUCCAAACGUGCUCACGUUCGCUGGCUUCCUACUAACCGUACUGGACUUCUUUUUGCUCUCGUACUAUGAUUACUCGUACUACGCGGCCAGCUCUCUCGCCCGUAACGAAACAAGCGUGGAGCCUCUGGCGGCGCCCUUACAACACGAAGAAAUCAUUCCGCGCCCUCUGUGGUUCGCAUUGGCCGUGUUUCUGUUCUCGGCAUACACGCUGGACGGCAUCGACGGCAAGCAAGCGAGACGGACGCAGACCUCUGGCCCUCUGGGAGAGCUAUUCGACCACGGACUGGACUCGUACUCGGUAUUCUUCAUCCCAGCCUGUCUGUACUCCAUAUUUGGACGUCUGGACUUCUCCAUUCCGCCUAUAAGAAUGUACUAUGUGAUGUGGAAUCUUCUUUUGAACUUCUACAUCAGCCACUGGGAGAAAUACAACACUGGUGUCCUGUUUCUACCUUGGGGGUAUGACUUCAGUAUGUGGGCGUCCACGCUAUGCUUCCUAUGGACGGGCCUGCGCGGCACGGCGUUCUACAAGCGAUACGCAUUCGGCUCGUACACGCUCGCGAACGUGUUCGAGAUCGCAAUCUACGCCACGGGAGUGUGUACAAACCUGCCCGUCUCUGUCUACAAUGUAUACAAAUCGUACAAACUGCGCACGGGCAAGAUGCGUUCCGUUUCCGAGGCGCUGCGGCCGCUGUGGUCCUUCCUAACGGUGUUCGCGGUCUGUUCCCUGUGGGUGCACCGCUCGGCGCGGCUGCCCGGAACUGAUCUAAGGGUGUUGUUCCUGCUCAUCGGAACUGUGUUCAGCAACGUGGCCUGCCGGCUGAUAGUCAGCCAGAUGAGCAACCAACGCUGCGAGUUCGUCAACUGGCUGCUAUGGCCGCUCCUGCUGGCAGCAGCGGCGUCGGCGAUGGCGCCGCAGCACGAGAUGACCGCCUUCUACGCGGUCACUGCGCUAGCAGUGGUCGCUCAUGUGCACUACGGCGCUUGCGUGGUACGUCAAAUGUGCGACCACUUCAGGAUAAGCUGUUUCCACAUAAAGCAGCGGACAGAUUGACUCUUAGCCGACGAUGCGUGCUAGCGUAACACAGGCGACAUAUCCAUUCACGCGUACAUACAAACACACAGAGGCUAUUCAUUGAAGUUUUAAGUCUUUACAGUGCGUACGAGUCGACUGAUAAGUUUGAAUUUGGAAUGUCAGUCGCGUUUAAGAAUAAGUUGUUAAUUUCUUUUUUUAAAAAGGAUAUUGGGUCUUUUUGAUGGAGCGCCAGUAACACCAGUGUGCAAUCCAGUGUAAAAAUACUCUUUCAGAACUUUUUUUUAUUUUAUUACUGUUUUUUAUAAAAAUAAGUGUACGUAGUGCAAUUUAGGUACAGAAAAAUGCGUUAGAAAAAAGUUGGGUUGUUUUUUGCUCCCAAGAGCCACUCGGAUAUUAUUUAUUUUGGUACAAACGGUACAUAUUAUGUACACUGUUAAAUAUACAAAACAUAGCUCAAUGAAUAGUCUCUAAACAAUCAAAAAACACUAGAAAAAAAUCGUAUAAAUUAUACAUGACUUGGCAUUAUUGUGCUGCUGUGAAACUAAUUUCCUUCGAAAAACUUAAAAUUUGGGAAAAAAGCAAUGCAAUAGUUACGUUCAGGUUAAACCACACCACACAGCCUAGUGCACUUAAAGCUUUACAUUGCAUGUAGAACUUGACAAUUCUGUAAGGCUUUUAAAACUGAAUAUAACAUGUUGAUUACGUAAUGCCCAGUGCAAAAUUCCAAAUAAUUAGAUAGUGACUUUGUAAGUAUAAAUGAAUGAAGGGUAUGGUCGAAAAGAGGUCAAACUACCUCAAAAUGACUUCCUUAAUUGAUUUUGAACUCUACACUGAAGGGAAUAAAAUUCAAAAUCCAUUAGAGCCUUAAUUUGGGGAAGCUUGACUUACUGCCGAUCAUAUCUACACGCCUACUCGAAAAUAUAUAAUAUAAAUGUUACGUUAUAAAGAUUGUACAAGUGAACAAAAGAGUAACAGUAAAAAGAAUGCUGAAAAACGCCCUUAUUUUUUAUAGCUUUCCAUUUGUCAAUAGAAAUAUACAUAUAUUAUACCUGUUGUUUGUCUAUAGAAGCAUAGUUAAUUCGUGCUUAAAAUUAUGUAUUACAAUAUCCAAUAAAAAUGCAGAAUAAAAAAAAAUAUUGAAUUUACAAAAUUGAUCAUUUUUGAAGCAUAGAUUAUAAAUUAAAAAGCGCGCGAAACUAGGUCACCAAAUUAUAAUCUACAGUCGCGAACUUUAAAAAGAAUUUUGUUGUAAAUGUGACGCCAUAUUUUUUUAAUGUUUUUUUUUUCUGGAUAUUGUAAUAUAGUUUUUAUUUAAAAAAAAUACAUUUUCAUGUCAGUAUUUUUUUUUUUCAUUUUGUUACUCUUUUUUGUGUACAUUCUUUGACCUCAGAUGUUAUAGCGCGCAUUGUCAAUUGUUUUAACUUAUUAUUGUAGUUGAUUAUUUCCAUUAGGUAUAAGUUUUUAAUUAAUGCCAAUAGUUUCUCGAAUAUUUAACAAUUGAUCCGUAAUAAAAACAUAGCAUUACAACAUCAUUUGGCUGAAACGAAAAACAUAAUUUCUUUCUUAAUUAAUUACUUCUAUUAUCUAAUAUUACAGGAAUCGCUGUGUAUUUUGUUAAAAUGUUCAUAAACCACUAGUUAAUCUUUAAAAUUAUGUUUUUUUUUUAACUAAUUCCCGGUCAAUUUGAUAAUAAUUCGAGAAAUUAAUGGUUCUUUUAAAUAUUUUGAUUUCUCUAAGAUGGAGUCGUACGAUUGCUAUUAAAUUGACCUAUCACCGCUAAUCGAUUUUAAACCGUAUGCCUUUAUUAUAAGCUUCAAAAUCUAAAAAGGCUUUAACCUCUAGACAGGCCAAUCAAGUUAAAUAAAA